AUGAAGCUUAGUGUGGCGUUGUUUUUUGCGGGGCUCUUUGGGGCGUUGGCAGCUGUGUUCAUCCUUCUCUCAUUUGGAACGGACUACUGGCUGCUGGCCUCUGAGAGGUGCUACCCAAACCCUGAUGGAUCUGCUGGAUCAGAUGUAGUGACAAUAGAGUCUGGAGAUGUGGUGAUGCAAGAGGGUGAUGUUACUCUAUAUCAUGAGGGGUUUUUCUGGAGGUGUUCCUUUGGAGGCAACGUAGAUGAUGAUGACCUGCUGUGGAAACUCUGGUUCACAAAUCAGCCUCACUCAAAAGUAUGCAUGCACGCGUACCUCUUCCCAUUCCCUGUGUCCCAUCAGACCCACAAUGCCACAGAGUAUGAUUCGGCCAUAAUCUACAGAGGCUUUUGGAGUAUCUUUAUGCUCAUUGGUGUAGCAGCUGUAAUGCUUGGUGGGUUCUUCAUCAUCUGCGCUGCUCCGUUCGCCAGCCACCGCCUGUACAAAGCAGGAGGAGGCCUCUUCCUGGCAUCUGGUCUUUUCCUGCUGUGUGUGGUGGUGAUGUACAUCGUGUGGGUGCAGGUGUUGGAUGUGGUGGAUGUCUACAUAGACCACAAGCAAACAUUGUGUCCAAACUUCCAGCUGUCUCUCAACUAUGGUCUGUCCUUCAUGUUUGCCCCUGUUGGCAUUUUCUUCUGCCUCCUGGCUGGCCUUCUUUUCCUCCUUAUAGGCAGAACAGUCCAAAUUGACUACAACUGA